AUAUUCAAAUAAAAAGAUUAAAAGCGUAAUUUUUACAACUUUGAAAUUUAAACAUAAAAUGCAUUGCGACAGUGAUAAUUCGGUAAUUUGCAUUGACAAUCAAUCUAAAUGGCAAAUAAUUUUAUCCUCGAAAAAUUGCACGAUUAGAGAACAUUUCGAAGGUUGGCAGAUAUGUCCAAAAGAUGUAAACACCGAUGAAAAAAAUUUGCAAUUGAAUUUAACGGUUCCAAAGUUGAAGAUUAAUUCACAAUGUGCGGUAGAAACAAUCAAAACCGCGGAUGCUGAGAUCUGUUGCAAUCGUGAGGAUCUCAAAGAAUUGUUAGAAACGGAUAAAGAGAGCGAUCAGGAAAACGGAAACAUAAUAUUGACGGAUUAUUUAAAAUUGGUAACAAACGACGAAGCUAGAAUAAAUCUUCUAUUGAAUAUUUUAACGAAAGCUGUGGACGAGCAUAAAUGCUAUGUGAUUUGUGGCACGUUUCCGGUUCUAAGGAAACCGUUGAUGGAUAGAGGCUGGAUUGAGAAACGAGCCAUUAGGAAAAUGAUAGCAAUCCCUCCUCAUGCGUACGAAGACGGUUUACAGCAGUUAGAAAAAUUACUCCGGAUUCCUCCGGAUUUUAUAUGGCAUACGAAUAAGAGACCUGCUAUAAGAAUGGAUGACAAGACUAUCGUGAAUAAAUUUACUGGUAGCUAUUUUACAUCAAAGAUUGACAUGUGUAACAAUUUGGAAAAAGCUUAUUGGUUUUAUGAAGCCGGUGUGUCAAAUAUACAAUUUCCUCGAUGCUACAAUUUCUAUCAAUCAGCGCAAAUGGAGGAAUUUAUACAAGAUUAUUAUAUCACUGCAUGUUUCGGGAUUUUAAAAUGGUUUACGUUACUUGCCAACUUGGUAGGACCGAAGAAUACCUGGUCUCCGAAUGGAACAAUCCCUAUAAAUGCGAUUUCAUUCGCCUUAGAACGCUGUGAAGAAUAUAUAAGCAUUCAAAUACACGAGGACAUAGACCGUACAGAUUGCGAGUAUACGCCUCUUUCUGCCUGGGAUCAAUUUUUAGACUGGCAUCAUGAUAUAAUAUACAAGCGCGUUGUAUUGAAAGAAACCGACGAAGUAGACAUAAAUGAGCUUGUAGCAUCUGUGCACGAUGUAAUAAAAGCAAUGAUAAAGUAUCGACCGCAAAGUACCAUCGACGGUAUAAGAAAUAUAUGGAUUUUAAAACCAGGUGAUGACAGUUUAGGUCGCGGAAUUGUUCUAAAAAGUUGUCUGAUUGAUAUCAUUGCCAAGGUGAAUCAAGCAGCGAAAGAAAAUAUCGAGUAUGUCGUGCAGAAAUACAUAGAGCGACCACUGCUUGUUCAUAAAACAAAAAUAGACAUCAGGCAAUGGUUUCUAAUAACGAGUACACAACCUCUUGUCGUAUGGAUGUUCAAGGAUAUCUUGAUAAGAUUCGCUUCAAAAGAUUUCACUCUCAGUGAUUUUCAUGAGUCUAUUCACCUGUGCAACACGACGGUACAAUUGAAGUAUCGAAACUUACCAAGAUGCAAUUCCGACUUACCUGAGCAGCGUCAUUGGAAUCUUCAAGACUUCAAGGAUUAUCUCCAAUCACGCGGUCAAGAAUUGGCUUGGGAAAAGAUUAUUAGGCCGGGAAUAAAACAAAAUCUAAUAGGAGCACUUCUAGCAUCACAGGAUAAUAUGGUAAAUCGUAAAAAUAGCUUUCAAUUGUAUGGCGCUGAUUUCGUCGUAGCUGAUGAUUUUUCGGUGUGGCUGUUGGAAAUAAAUACAAAUCCACGAUUACAUCCUCCAAGCAGCGAAGUUACCGCAAAACUCUAUCCGGAAGUCAUUGAAGACGCAAUGAAAAUAAUCUUAGAUCGGCGUAAAAGCAAAAAAGCAUCCCAAGGAAAAUUCGAAUGUAUCUACAAGCAACGUAACCCAUUUUGCGGCGUGAAUAUUUUGGGACAAGGCGCGAGUCUCGGCAAAUACAACUGUAUAAAACAACAUUGCUGA